AUGCCUGUAUGGAGGAUCGAGGAAAAUGUUCCGAUUGGUACUCGUGUGGGGAAGAUUUCUGCCUUUGAUCCGGACCGCCUCGAUUUUUCCUCAAUUCUCCAGACCCAAGCGCAGACGUAUGCUGCACUUCGCCCGAUGGCCUGGGAUAGUCAGUCCGCGUCUGGGACCGUAAACAUGAUUUUUAAACAAUGGAUGUUAGAUGGCGGUCUUGAAAAUGGGAAUCAGUUGAAUCGAAACGGCUCAUGGCAGAUGAGAUGGAACCAAGAAAGGCAGGCCAGUAGCAGAUCAGCCUGGGAAAGGUAUCGACGGCAGGUUGAUUCCAAGCGUGACAGAUCUGUAAAAGAUACACCAAUGAGCGCAAUUGGAGUUAGUUACAGAAUUGCCAAUCCAUGGGCUUGUAGCGAAUUCCAUGUGGAUGCAAUCUCGGGUGUUGUCACUACAGCUGCGGAGCUUGACCACGAAAAGGUAGGCUUUUACUGA